AGCGACCUGUCGGAGGACCACCCUGGCUAUUUAGAUACCUUCUACAAGCAGAGGCGUGCUGACAUCUGCAAUUUGGCCCGCGAGCACAGGAUCGGCGAACCCAUCCCCCGCAUCGAGUACACGCCAGACGAGGUGGCGGUGUGGGGCACCGUGCUGCCCCAGCUCAAGGAGCUGAUCCCGCGCCAUGCCUGCAAGGAGUUCCUGCGCUGCUGGCAGCUGUUUGACUUCCGCGAGGAUGAGGUUCCACAGCUCGAGGACUUGAGCCUGGUACUGCAGCAGCAAACAGGCUUCCGCAUCCGCCCCGUGGCGGGCCUGCUUCACCCUCGCUUGUUCCUACAGGGUUUAGCGUACAAGACCUUUCAUAGCACUCAAUACAUGAGGCAUGUCAGCCGCCCCGACUACACCCCCGAGCCAGAUGUUGUACACGAGCUGAUUGGGCACGUCCCGAUGCUGGCGGACCCGGCAUUUGCUGAGCUGGUCCAUGCGAUUGGGAUCGCUAGCCUGGGCGCCGACGAGAAGCAGAUUUGGCAUCUCACCAAGAUUUACUGGUACACGGUGGAGUUUGGCGUGGUGCGAGAGGGAGGAGACGUCAAGGCCUUUGGCGCGGGCAUCCUGUCCUCCUAUGGCGAGCUGCAGCACAUGGCGUCGGGCGCAGCACGCCUGGAGCCGUUGGAUGUGUUUGCGCCGCAGCCGAAGAUGAGCUACAAGGUUGGCAGGCUGGCCUCCAGCCAGAUGCGAGGGCGGCAACACAUUCCCUGA